GCAAAGGAGACAAUGAAAGAAGAAUCUUGGAACAUUCAUUUUUUUGAAUAUGGGAGAGGCAUGUGUAUGUACCGGACAGCCAAGACUCGUGAGCUGGUGCAAAAAGGAAUUCCAGAGAGUCUUCGUGGAGAACUUUGGCUCCUGUUUUCAGGGGCCUGGAAUGAGAUGGCCACUCACCCUGGGUAUUACAGUGAUUUGGUGAAACAAUCAACGGGAAAGUAUAGCCUUGCCACUGAAGAAAUUGAAAGAGACCUGCAUCGUUCAAUGCCAGAGCACCCUGCCUUUCAGAAUGAACUAGGAAUUGCUGCACUUAGAAGGGUACUAACAGCAUAUGCUUUUCGGAAUCCUACAAUUGGAUACUGCCAGGCCAUGAACAUAGUGACAUCAGUACUGCUUCUGUAUUGUAAUGAAGAAGAAGCUUUCUGGCUCCUCGUAGCCCUCUGUGAGAGAAUGCUGCCAGAUUACUAUAACACUAGAGUGGUUGGUGCACUAGUAGACCAAGGCAUCUUUGAAGAACUAACAAGAGAUUGCCUCCCCCAGCUGUCUGAAAAGAUGCAAGAUUUAGGAGUCAUUUCCAGCAUAUCACUAUCUUGGUUCCUCACUCUUUUCCUUAGCGUCAUGCCUUUUGAAAGUGCAGUGGUCAUUGUUGACUGUUUCUUCUACGAAGGCAUAAAGGUCAUCUUGCAGGUAUCCCUGGCGAUCCUGGAUGCGAACAUGGACAAGCUGUUAAAUUGCUGUGACGAAGGUGAAGCCAUGACUGUCUUGGGCAGGUACCUGGAUAAUGUGGUUAAUCGGCAGAGUAUUUUCCCACCUAUUCCUCAUCUCCAUGCUUUAUUGACGAGUGGGGAUGAUCCACCAGUGGAAAUUGAUGUUUUUGAACUUAUAAGAACAGCCUAUGAGAAAUUCAGCCAUUUGAAAGCGGAUGACAUUGAACAGAUGCGUUUUAAACAAAGAUUGAAGGUAAUCCAUUCUUUAGAAGACACUGCUAAGAGAAGUGUGGUCCGAGCUGUAUCUGGAGACAUUGGCUUUUCUAUGCAAGAAUUAGAAGAUCUUUAUGUAGUAUUUAAGGCAAAACACUUAAUGAGCUGUUACUGGGGAAAUGGUACUUCAGCUGCUCAACGAGACCAGAGCCUACCCUAUUUAGAGCAGUAUCGCAUCAACCUUGAGCAGUUUAAAGACUUGUUUGCUUCCCUUACACCUUGGUCUUGUGGACUCCACACACCGGUGCUUGCAGAAAGAAUGUUCCGACUUCUGGAUGAAAACAAAGAUUCCCUUAUUAACUUUAAAGAGUUUGUAACAGGCAUGAGUGGAAUGUAUCAUGGUGAUCUGACUGAGAAGCUGAAACUCCUUUACAAACUACAUUUGCCUCCAGCUUUCAAUUCAGAGGAAGCAGAGUCUGCUCAGGAAGCUACAAACUACUUCACGGAUAAUAAUGCUACAGAAGUAUCUCCUUUUGUCUCAGAACUGGAUCUCUUCCUACGUUGUGAUUUGCAAGAAACAGAUAUUCAGGAAAAUAAAUCAGGAAGAGAUGGGGAAUCCAAAGAUCAAGAGAGGGGCACAAGUCCUCAUGAUUACAGAUACCAUUUGCGAAUGUGGGCCAAGGAAAAAGAUGCCAGAAAAGAAACAAUCAAAGAUCUCCCUAAGAUGAGUCAGGAACAGUUUAUAGAAUUGUGCAAGACCCUAUAUAACAUGUUCAGCGAAGAUUCUUUGGAGCAAGAACUAUACCAUGCCAUUGCCACUGUUGCUAGCCUUCUCCUACAAAUUGGAGAGGUUGGCAAAAAGUUCUCUAAUCAGCCUGUUAAAAAGGACCCUGUGAGUAAAGAGUCUCCGGCUUCUGAUCAAAGUCAGAGUUCAAUCCUAGAGCAAUAUUCUCAGGCUACUCCAGAAGGCAAAGCUUCUGGGGACAUUCAAAUUGAGAAACACCAACAGGAAAAUCAGAUUUUUGUAGAUGGAGGAGGUGAAGGUCCAGGAUCACCCAUACAGUUGUUUUCAGAUGAUGAAACUAAAGAUGAUAUGUCCAUGUCUUCAUAUUCUAUGGUUAGCACAGGCUCCUUACAAUGUGAAGAUAUUGCGGAUGACACAGUUCUAGUUGGUUGUGAGGCAGGCAGCUCAGCCGCACGAAGUGGCAGCACCGUUGAUACAGAUUGGUCCAUCUCCUUUGAACAGAUCUUAGCCUCUAUCCUUACAGAAUCAGUCUUAGUAAACUACUUCGAGAAGAAAACUGAUGUUACACAGAAAAUCAAGGAGCAAAGGAAAAUUGAAAGACAAUUCAGUUCAUCCAGUGAUUAUGAACUCUCCUCAGUAUCAGGCUGAACUUGCGGAAUAAGGCAAAGGUUGGGUAAGAGGCAGAAGGUCUAGGAACCUAAUGGAUGGACUAAUUCGGUUUUUUUUUAACCAAUAUCAGUAACUCUGCAUUAAAUUAAAGAAACCGAAUAAGGGGUUUAUCAUAGUGAUUCUUUGAUAUAUGAGCUUCCCUGGAGGAUAACCUGCUUGCCUAAAUAACAUUAAAUUCUUAAAAGCAUGAAAGGAUAGAACUGAAUAGCCUCUCAGCUUAAGAAUACUACCGUAAAUUAUGCAUGUGUGCCUCUGCUUGUCUUUAUUUAAUGCAGCUUAAUUUCAGGCACACCUCUGCUAUAUCUCCCUUUGCUUUGGGUUUCUUGGUAAUUAUUUAGAAGAGCAGCCUUGCUUUCUAUCUUUUCCCUGCUUCCCUGUGUCCGAACACAGACAUAUGUAGAUAUUUCCACCCUGUCUAAAUCAACCUUGCUAGGAAUUGAUAAAUACAGUGGAGUAACCUGUUAAGUGUAAAUAUGUUGUAUUCUCUUACUCUUGGCAUCUUGCAAUUCAAAAUGCCCGUGUCUUGGGACAGCUGGUUUCUAUCCCAAGUGAUUCAGUAAUAUUAAUCAGUACAGUAUAUAACUUUCAAAAUUCCAAAGACAGAUAUUUACUGAUAUCUUUUAGCCCUUUUUUAACUCCUCGGUGCAUGUUCAUUUUUAAUUGCCCUAAAAGAAAAGUAUAAUAGCCAUUGAGAAUGGAACGGAGUCCUGACGAUCAUAAGACUUAACUGUCUGACUUUAGACCAUUUUAUUGUCUCUUCCUAAUUUGAGAUAGUACAAAGCCUUAGCUCAUAACUUACAGUGUUACCUUGGAUUGCUGGCAUAAUUAGAAAGCCUGUGUUUUUCUCUGUAUUAUUCUCUGUGAUCUGAAGUAGGUCUAAAUAUUUUUGUUUGUUUGUAAAUACAUCCAUAGGAGAUGCAAAUGUUCAUAUAUCAUAUAACUUACUUGCUAUGUGGUGACUCAAAUAUUGUACAUCAUUUGAAUUGCAGUACAAUGGAAGGAUUGCAAUUGUAUAUGUCAUGUAUAUUAAUAGGUGAAGUUUAGAUCACCUUGUGUUCUGAUGGUAUAGUAUAAAUAUUCAGAUACAGGAUCCUCCUCUACAAAAUCAUUUGUGGAUUGGAAGAAAAUUGGAGUUCCAUUUGGAUUGAUAGCUUCCCUAUGGGAAGGCAUUCACUCUCAAGAAGCAUUAUUUGUUUAUUUUUGUAUAUAUGCUCUGUACACUAGUUGCAUGAAUUACAUUUAAAUUGUAUAAAUGCCAUGUAUGGUAACCAGUCAUUAGUGUUAUCACAUUGGCUGUUCAGGAGGAGAAAAGUCUAAAGAUCUUGAACAUAUGUAUCCAUGGAAUAAACCAGUAGGUGCAAUACCCAGCGUUAUUCUGAUUGUGGCAUAUUCUGUAUAUUUAAGUCUCAAAUUUCAUAUUCAUGUGUCUGAAAGCAGAUAAUAAUGACAUUCGCUUUUACUAAUUCUUCAUAAUUUAUUACCUUUUAAUAUAUAUUUACACACAUAAAACAUACAUGUAAUUUUACAUUGUUUGUCUGAUCAUGUAUAUAUUCAAUAAAUGAAUCGAAUAAGUCA